CGCAGAGAAGCAAGCAAAAUGUUUCAGAAUUUUUGGAGUGCGGUAACGUUUUAGAAGCACAAUAAAUCCGAUUAGAAAAAGUAUACAAGACCAAUAUAUAGAAAAUUAUUAAACCGGUGGCUACUGAAAGUGAAUUUAAUUGUAAUAAGAAUAUAAAUUAUAACAAAUACUCAUACAUUUAAAACUCAAAACGUAAAAAAAAACACGCGGUGUGAGACAAAUAAAAUAAAGCAAAAAAAAUUUUGCAUUAAAGCGGAAAAAGGUGCUUAAAAACGAAAUUUUAUAAAAAAAAAGCCAAUAAUAAUAAAUAAAACGAACUUAUUGUGGAAUUAUAAGUGGAAUUUGUUAUUAAAAAGGAAAAAAGGUUCACGUAAUUAAUGAUUUAAUUUACAUUUUGUGUUGUGGUCAUUUUUCUAACAAGAAAAUAUAAUAGAGACAAUUUUUUUUCUUCUGCAUAUACAAAAGUGUAACAACAACAAGAACAUUAUAGAAAAAAAGUACCUUGUAAAAAUAAGAAGAAAAAAAGAAAAGAACGAACAAAACCAUAAAGAGUACCUAACAAAUAUAAACAUAACCAUUCCCCUAGAGAAAAAGAACCUUUUAAAAGGAGAUUUUAAACUUACCAGAAAUAAUUCGACGAAAAAGUUGUGAUAGAAAAGUUAUAAAAAAAGAAAAUAGUGCAAUUAAACAGGGUGCCUAAAGGAAAUCAAUAGUGAAACGAAUUUCACAAUUUUAUUUUUUUGGAAAAUUUUCAACGUUUAUUUUUUAAUAGAUAAAAGGUAUUUAACACGUCCCUGAAUUUAAGAUUAUUUUAUCUAUAUCAUGGGUCUCUUAAGUGAAGGCAGCCCCCUGUCGUGGGAAGAAACAAAAGCACAUGCUGAGCAUGUUCGAGAACAUGGCGUAACACAGUUUAUAAAUCUCUAUCACAGACUAAAAGAUCGUCAGGGCGAUGUUCUAAAAUGGGGUGAUGAGGUGGAAUAUAUUAUAGUUAAAUUCGAUGAUAACAAAAAACAAGCCAAAGUCUCGCUCAAGGCUCAAGAGUUGUUGGCUAAAUUGAAUGAAAAAGAAAUGGCUGAUCCACAGGGUGUUAAAUCUCUAUGGCGUCCAGAAUACGGUGCCUAUAUGAUUGAGGGAACACCCGGUAAACCAUUUGGUGGUCUAAUGGCUCAUUUCAAUGUGGUAGAGGCUAAUAUGCGCUACAGACGUGAAGAAGUUACAGAGCUAUUGGAAAAGGACGAAUGUGUUAUGUCCAUUACAAAUUUCCCCCGUUUAGGUUGUAAGGAAUUCACACAUCCCAUUUAUAAUCCCCAGCCAGAUGAUCCAACAAGUUCAGCAAAAUCUCUAUAUUUCCCCGAUGAGGCCAUAUAUCCGGGUCACCCCCGAUUCAAGACCUUGACACGCAAUAUACGCAUGCGCCGUGGCGAAAAGGUAGCCAUAAAGCUUAAAGUAUUUAAGGAUGAAAAUACUAAACUACCAGUAGAAGGUAGUCCUCCUAUGGAACCAAAUGUAGUAUUACUCGAUGCCAUGGGUUUUGGCAUGGGCUGCUGUUGUCUACAAUUAACAUUCCAGGCCUGUAAUAUAACAGAGGCUCGUACCUUGUACGAUCAGUUGGCCCCGUUGUGUCCCAUAAUGUUGGCCCUCACAGCAGCUUCACCCAUUUACCGAGGCUAUUUAACAGAAUCUGAUUGUCGUUGGAAUGUCAUUAGUUCGUCGGUAGAUUGUCGUACUCAGGAAGAAAGAGGCCUUAAACCCUUAAAGGAGAAUAAAUUCCGUAUAGCUAAAUCUCGUUAUGAUUCUAUAGAUUCUUAUCUCUCACCAGAGGGUGAGGAAUACAAUGAUGUUCCCCUAACUUAUGACGAAAAAGUCUAUAAACGUUUGCGUGAGGGAGGCAUUGAUCACUUGUUGGCUCAACAUGUGGCUCAUUUAUUUAUACGUGAUACGGUUUCUCUAUUCAGUGAGAAAGUCCACCAAAAUGAUGAGGAGGAUACCGAUCAUUUUGAAAAUAUACAAUCCACCAAUUGGCAAACCAUGCGCUUUAAACCACCACCACCUAACUCGCCCAUAGGUUGGCGUGUUGAAUUCCGACCUUGUGAAGCACAAAUAAGUGAUUUUGAAAAUGCUGCCCUAGUAUGUUUUGUCGUUCUUCUUACUAGGGUGAUACUAUCGUAUCAAUUGAAUUUCCUAACACCCAUUUCUAAGGUCGAUGAAAAUAUGCAAACAGCUCAAAAGCGUGAUGCUUGCCGCAAGGAAAAGUUUUGGUUCCGCAAAAAUGUACGAAAAACUCAUCGUUUAUCGAAUGGUUAUGCUAAUGGUACUCUACACAAUGGCACCAUGAAUGGAAGUGCAAAUGGUACUGCUGCUACCAAUGGCUCUACGAAUGGUACCGCAACCAAUGGUUUGAAUGGUAGUGACACCACGAAUGGUUAUCAUCAUCAAACGCAGAGCGAUUAUGAUGAUGAUUUUGAAUUAAUGUCGAUUGGUGAAAUUUUCAAUGGAAAGCCUGAUUCAUUCCCUGGCUUAGUACCACUUAUACGCAGCUACUUGCAGUCCAUGGAAGUUGAUACCGAUACUCAUUGCACCAUCGAACAGUACUUGAGAUUUAUACAAAAAAGAGCUUCAGGAGAAUUAAUUACAACAGCUACCUGGAUGAGAGAGCAGGUCUUAAAUCAUCCAGAUUACAAAAAAGAUUCCGUUGUUAGUGAUCGUAUUAACUAUGAUAUAUUAAAGAAAAUACAAGAUAUACAAAAUGGUAAAUUAAUUGAACCUGCUCUGCUGGGACAGGGUAAUCAUACAAAAACAAAAGAUUUCAUACCACCAGCUAUACAAAAACAUUUGAAUGGUUGUUGUGAAAGUAAAUGACCAUUUCAAUGGGAUGAACAAAAUAAUGGUGACGACAAUAGUGAUAAUGAACAGCAACAACAACAGCAGCAGCAGCAACCCGUAGAAGAUGUAGACAAAAAGUAACAUUGCCAAAAUUUGAAAUAAAACUAGACCACAAAAGGAAAAAAAACAUUAACCAAAAGAAACAACAAUAUUGACAACAUAUACAUAGAAGGAGAAGACAUGCCUAGACCGCUAGCAAAUAAACGGCAUUCAGUGUGUUUUAGCUGGUUAAGGAAGUAGUAAACCACUUUAUUGUAAAUUUUUUUAUGAA